CAGGGGAACGUGAGUAGAAGCGGCAUGGUACCGAGCUCUUGUUCACGGAGCGCUUGCUGUCCCCUCCUCGUCUCGAGCUUGCUUACUAUCUCGUUCUUGAUCUCGCCUGUCAGGGCUGAGCUGUCCAUUGUGGGUGCAGGAUGGGGGCGUACAGGGACGAUGAGUCUGAAAGUGGCCCUGGACAAGUUGGGGUACAAGACCUACCAUAUGAUCGAGAUCAUCGAGCACAAUUCCCAUCAUCUUGACCUGUGGAUCGAACUUGCUGAGCUCCAUUCCCAAGGCAAGCCUUACAAGCAUGUCAUCCACACCAUCUUCGAGAACUACACCGCGGCUGUGGACUUUCCUGCUGCUGCGUGGUGGAAGGAGAUUCUGGAGACCUUUCCGAAUUCAAAGGUCAUCCUCAGUACAAGAGACCCUGAAAGAUGGUACAACUCUGCUAAGGAGACCAUCUUUCAGGCGCUAUGGCACCACAGGAUCCUUGGGCUGUUUGUUCCUCUCUCGCGCAAGUUCACUGUCAUGGUGCCAUCCCUGUGGGACAAGGUUCUGGGAAAA